UUUCUUUUCUCUCUCUUUUUCUCUGUCUACUGUAACUCUCUUCUUCGUCUCUCAUUGCUUUAUUUUCUCACUCCUCUGUUAAUAAAAAAAAAAAGAAAAAUAUAAGAAAUUAAUUUUAAUUUCAAUUUUAUUUUUUGGGUAUGUUUUAUUUAGUCCUGUUGUAGUUUUUUUUGUAUUUUUUUAAAAUUUUUUUGGCUGAAUUGGCGAUGUGUGGAGUAAUUUUAUCACGUUCUUUUGAAUUGGGAUUCGCAAUUGUAUUCGUGAUUAGCUGCAGUUUCUUUAGAGAUGUUUGAUUGGAACGACGAAGAGUUAACGAAUAUAAUAUGGGAUGAGGCUGGUGAGACCGAUGACCAUAUAGUACCAUGCCAAGAGGGAAGUGAAAACUGUCAUAGUAAGAAGGAAUGGAGUCAAGUAACUGCAACCAUAAAGUCUACUGAGCAAAAGACACCUGGGGAUAAAGUUGAUCUUCAUGGAAGAAAGUUGGAGGGCAGUUCCAAGUUCAAUACAAAUGGAGGGAUUGCCACCUCAGGAUUUGGCAUGGGCUCGUGGCCAGAGUUAUCUUUAUAUAAUGCAGCAAAAACUGCUCAAGAUUUGAUGGGUAACGAAGUCUCUAACAAUUUGGUUGAAGUAACUAAAUGUAGCUCAAAAAAUGCAGAGACAACUGAACUUAGUAAAGAUCCUGAAUUUUUUCAAAAUCCCAAUGAUGAUAAAGAACAAGGUGAUUUUGUUGACUACAGCUGGGCUAACAUUGGAAGCUUUGAUGAUCUUGAUCGAAUUUUUAGCAAUGAUGACCCAAUAUUUGCCAAUAUAAGUCUUGGUAGUGCUGAUGAGUUAUGGUCCUCAUCUAAAGAGGUAACAAACGGCCCAGGAAAGUCCGUUCCUACAACUGUGGACUCUCCUAGCCUAGUGAUAGGAGCAUUAACGAGCAUAUCUGAGCAUUUGCAAAUCAAAGGAGAACAUGAGCAACAAGAUAACCAGUCAUUUACCCUUAGCUAUGGAAAACUGCAUGGUUCCACAUCUCAUGGUCUGCAUAACAUGGAAUUUCCCGGAGAUAAAAGUAAAUCCAUAAUUCAGGAGCAGACAAUUGUGGAAACUGCAGGAAAAACCGGUGUGUCAAAGUCUCACCUGGUUACUGAAAAAGUUAUGAACCCUAAUGGAUUGGAUAAUAAGGCAUAUGGGCGGAAAAAGCGGCUGAAAUUUAGGAAAAAACCUGAAGAAAUAGGUGAGGCGAAACUAGUACAAGAUUUAUAUGGUACCUGGAUUUCAUCUGGUAAACCAUUGGCUCAAUAUGAGAAUAAUUUGGCAACCUCCAUGGUAAAAUCUUUUCCAUCUUCAGUUGUGACUCAGCAGAGGCAGCUUCGAGUAACUGACUCAUUGCAGUACCAGCAUAUCUCCAAUACAUUUGUAGCCCCUUCCACGUAUGGGAAUCUCACAAACCAAUAUCCUGCAAUACCUGUUUUGUCCAAUGUCCAGUCUGGCGAAUUUAAUCAGCAGCCCUUGCUUUCUUGUUAUGGUGUUUCACCUGGGAAGGCAAAUCACGUAAACAGAUCAGUUGAGGCUGCUGCAAAACCCCUGAGCACGAUGACACCUCAGGAAAAAAUAGAAAAAUUGAGACGACGCCAACAAAUGCAAGCACUGCUUGCUAUUCAGAUACAACAACAGCAGUUUGCCCAUCAAGUUCCUUGUACUGAUCACUCUGUCAUUCAAAAAUCUACUCAAGAAAAUCAAUUUCAGUAUGUUGAGGGAGCUGAUGUAGAAGACCUUAGCACUCUUGCCUCUUUUGACCCAAACUCACCUCUAGAGCAAGAUGAUUCUAAUACAGUCUCAAUAGCAAUUAAUGACUAUGCAGCGAAGGACACAGUACUUUAUCAGCUACAAGAUGUAAUUGCAAAGUUGGAUGUGAGAAUUAGACUUUGCAUAAGAGAUAGCUUGUUCCGGUUGGCUCAAAAUGUGAUGCAGAGACAUUAUGCUAGUGACACAAGCAGCACUAAUAAAAGUAGCAGGGAUGAAAGUAAAGUUGCAAAAGAAGAAAAUAAGAACUAUAACAGGAUGUCUGACGCAGAAACAGAGACCAAUCCGAUAGACCGUACUGUUGCUCAUUUACUCUUCCAUCGGCCUCCGGAGUUGUCGGGAAAACAUACUGAGACACCUGAAUCACCUGCUUCCACAAAGUUCUCAUGUGAACGCAAAUCUGCGGGUUUAAUGAGUUUGCCAAUGGGUUGCAUAUCAGACAAUUCACAAGUUAAACAAAACCCUACUCACCAGGCAUCAAAAGUUCCUUCUCCAUUGGUGGAUCCUCAACAUAUGGAGCAAUUUAAGAACAGCCCUUGCAUAGAUACUUCUGAGAAUGCAUCUGACUACGGGCCGGUGGAUGUGGAGUAGCUCAGGUUGAAGCCUCAAAAUGAAACUCGCAAAAUGCGAGCUUUGAAUUAUUAUACGGAUUUACUGGUAAUUCCAAGGUAUUUCUUUUCUUGUCAGCUGACUUGAUUCUUUCAAGCUUAUCAUGGUGCCAUGAAAAUCAUCUUAGCCUAACUGGAUCUUUGUCAAAUGGUGGACCUGGAGCCUUAAAACAUUGUCAUAGAAUCUGCGGACAUCUUUCAUCAGCAUCCAUAAACAAAAGCUGAAUAGUUGCUUGCAUUUGAAGUCAAUGGUAGUAGUUAUAUGUAUCUACCGUCUAAAUAUUUCUGUCUAUCCUCUGGUGUACUUCCCGGAGACAACUUGUUUAUGUCUGUCAUAUCUAAUCUACUCUUAGCUUUAUAUUCGACAUACCAUGUCAAACCAAAUAAGCUCCAAUAGCUGAAACUCUUAUGGUAUUGAUGCAUCAUGUUUCUUUUAUCACUUUAA